ACACCGGAAAAUUAAUUUCCUGGAGAUGGAGGUCGGAGCUAAAACAGAGGUGGAUCCAUCGCCGGAGGCGGAGAAUGAAUCGGCUGCAGAUCCACCGUACACGUGUCAGGCGGAGGAGAUGGAGGAGGAUGAAGGCAGCGGAAGAUCGGAAGCGCAGUCAUUGCAGAAGGGGGAUAUGUUGAGAGCUCUUGCGACGGUCGAGAAGGAUUCGCAGGCGAUCGCUGAGAGCUUCUCGUCUCUCUUUGGUUCUCUCCGAUCGGCUCUCUCUGAGGCCACUAGUACCUCAGUCGAUCACAUGCAGUGCUUUGGCGAUGCAGCAGGACGGCUUCAGGAAACCACUCUAGAUGCAGCCACCAAAGGCAAUCGGUAUAUCAACUCUUGCCUCAGACUAAAUGAGGAGAUAAAAGGCACGGAGAAUCUGGCAGCUCGGCUAAAGCUCCUGAGGAGAAAUGUAGACGCUCUUGAUACGGCCGUGAACAAGCUUCUCCGGCCUCCAUGAGAAGUUUCCACAAACCACCAUUUGACCGAUUUUGAUUAGGUACAUAAUGAAUCAAUGAUUGCUCUCAAAACGCUUGUCCAUGCAAAUUUGUAAUACCCUUUUUGUGUGUGACUCAGUUUUUGCACAAAUCCUUCAAACUGAAAUUGCUCUGUUCCUGUACUCUCUCUUUGGAAUCAAGUGUGUUUUUUAGAGUGUU